UGGUGCUACAGUGUCAAUUCCAAAGGCCAACCAGUCUUUGUACAAUCAGCAGAGCGCUUGCAGGUCAACACUACCACAUCAAGCGGCUGUACAGCGUCAGCGAAGAGCGAAACACUCCUGCUAAGGUACAGCAGCGCUUUCAAUGGUGCAGUGACAAUCUAGGAGGCGAGGUACGAUUCAGAGAUGCUGUUUACAUUGAUGAAGCAGCCUUUAAUCUGAGUAUGACCAGGCGACGAGGCAGAGCUGUACAGCCAGUCACUAAGACGAGAGACAAGAACAUGACACUCGCUGUAGCAGUCAUUCCUGCUGUAGGAGUUGUAGCAGCUCCCACACACCUUGAUGGUACAAACAGGUAUCGCUUCUCUGACUUCUUGGAAAAGGAAUGGCAGCCAGGAUUGCAACGCCACAGGUCUACGGAAAUGUACAUUGAUCAUGGACAAUGUCAGUUUCCACAAAAGCAGAGAGGCUAUCGAAGCUGCAAGAAAGUGUGGUCACGAAGAUACCUUUCUUGCCACCGUACACUCCUGAAUUCAAUGUUGCUCAUUGGGUCUUUCGGUUCAGUAAAGACAAGAGUCAGCAGAGGAAAGGCUCGCUCACAAAACCACCCAAGACACUACAUUGAAGCACAGCUGAUGAGAAUCGGAACAGACAAAGUGCAGGUUUUGGCUAGGAGAAGACUCGUCGCCGGAUGAGAGUGGCACUUGAAAAGCGUUCACUGCCUUUAAAACACGUUGCACAAGAUGCUUUACAGUCUGUACAUGAUGACAGCGAGAGCGAU